UUUGCAAACAAUGGCAUAGGGAAGGUUCAUCUCUCAAGUCUAUUACUAUCCGAGAGCCGGCUAUCAAAGCUGAUAAAACAUGCACAAAUUCGUUGAAACAUUGAGCUUAGGUAAACGUAGGUGCGGAACCCAGGAAAGAAGAGGAUUGGAUAAUUAGGGAAUUGGAAUCAAAAAUAAUACUAAAUUUUAUUACCAUGAAAUCUGAGGAGUUGUUGGACUCUCAUAUUAAGAUACCAUAACAAAGCAAAUGAGUAUGUGUAUCCUCAGCAGUACCAGUCGACAUCUGUUGAUAACAGAAACAGUUCUAGCUGUAGCAGGAACGGAAAUUCUGUCCGAAAAGACAGGGCUACCCGCAAUAGAGAAGCUUCUCUAGCUAGUGGAGAGUCCAACGCCGAGAAAUCUGUCACCUCAAAAGGAUAAUUAUACAAAGUUGGAUCUAAAAGGAAUAAUGAGAAUAAAACUCCAGUUAGAUCAAGCAAUGUGACAAUUUCAAUGAUAAAUAGAGACAAGAGUAGAGGAAAGUCCUCAUAUAAGAAUAGUUAUGCUACAAAGCUAGCCAACAUGAAAGCAUGAAAGUCCUUAUCCGUUAAAAUAAUUAAGCAGCUGUCAAGUUGUAAUGAGCCAACCCAUGGCCUGGAGAAGGUUCUAAGAAAUUUCUCAGAUCUCGUUGCAAUUUUUGAUAAUUCUAGGUAUAAGGUGUGAGAUGAUACUUUUGAGAAGUGGCUCAAAUUGACAUCUCAGUUGAAAUUGAGCGCCAAAACACAUCUUACAGAUUUAAGCAGUGAAGUUUCAAAGAGAUACAAGAUGAAAUUUGAUGGAACUAUCAGCAAGAAACCUCUCAAAAACGUUAAAUCUUCAAAAAGAGGAGAUUCUAAAAGAAGUUCUAAGAGGAGCAGCCUCUUACAAUCAAAGAGGAUUAGCAGGGUAUCAACUAAGAAAGCUCUCAAUAGCUCUAAAGAAGAGUUUGGUAUUUCAAGGUCUUUCUCUAAACCUUUCCUAAACCAGGAAAGAGCUGCUGAAUAUCAUUGAAAUAUCUUGGUAGAGAAGGAUCCGAUCAAUGAGCAUCAAAUUCUUUCAAGCUUUGGAGGAACUCCUUGACAUGAAAAAGAGAACAGGAUUAUCAGUUUUGAAGAAAAGGUAAAGUCAAAGAAACUAGAAGCUCCUUGAGAAGAUGGUAAUAUUAUGCUGAGCUCGCCUAAAGGCUCUGUGGGACUAAACGACUCAGAAUCAAUGGAUGAGCCUAAUCAGUUUCCUCCAAUGAAAACUGAAAAGAAUCAGAAUGAAGAGAUUAAUUUCUCUGAUGUUCAGACUACUAACUUCUUCAAUCCUCCUAAAGUAGAGGAGAAAGUGCAUGCCUCUCAAAAUGAUAAAUCAAAUAUUGCUCAUCUCAAGAUCAAAGAUAAGGAAAAUGAACAUAAAGGUAUAUUCAAUGCAGAGUCAAGCCACGAGCUAGAAGAUUCUCCUAUCAAAAAGGCUUCCAUAAAGCUUUCCAAAUGGGUUGAAAAUGUGAAACAAGAGAAAUACCAAUCUGAUAUAUAUUCCCAAAAAUUUGAGUCUAAACGCUCUAUAAAGCAGAUGAAAGUGGGUAGAUACCUAGAAGCAGAGCAGCCUGAUGAAUCUCAUAAUCAAGCUCAUGAGUAUACUAGCUUGGGUAAAUCCACUGAGAAUGUGUCAUAUUCCUCGCACCAGUCAAAUGAGUUUUCCAAAUACCUCGAGUCUCAUGCCGACAAGGUCAAGAGGAACAGAGAGGCUGAGGAGAGGAUGAACAAAAUUCUGUACUCUGUUGACACCAAUUCUUUAUAAGCUU